GGUGGAAAUGGUUCUGCGGAGCGAUAGUUUUACCUCCUAGUUUAUAAUUACGCGGACCAAACCAACAUAUUCUCCGGGUGAAGAUGGCACCGUGCGUGCUUUUGGUGCUGCUCGCAACACUUGGCACGAUCUACGGGGCCGAAUACGAUACGUACGAUUUGGUCAGUACGGGCAUUUGCAAAACGCGCCAGUUCUCCAUCAUCGAAUCCCUGUACCCGCGCAAGGAACUGCGCACUUUGAUUGACUACAAACGAGGUGCCGUUUUCGAGCAAAGCUGGAAUUCAUCGUCCUUCAAGCGGUUCAAUGAAUGCAAGUUUACGCUACAAACACCACCCGGGAUGGGACUGUACUUAAUGGUCCGCAAACUCAGUCUGCGGCGGGACGCAAAAGGGAACUGCGUCGAUACGGUCACGGUCAAGCAGAGCAACGAUAAGAAAACGCGCUUCUGCUACACGCCAAAGGAUGUGCCAAGAAGUUUUUCCGACCCACAACAUCUGCGCAUAACGAUCAAGCUCGAUCACUACCAGCCACUAGCGACCGUGGAAGACACGCUGCAAAUCCAACUGGUAGUGACCCCGAAGGGUUUGUGUUCACCCUCCUCGAGUGUGCUACAGUGCGAGCUUGGCGACUCUACGUCGUGCAUUGACCGUUCGUUCUAUCAAGACCGGACCAUAAACUGUCCCACCUGUCUGGAUGAGGACGGUUGCUCGACGGAGCUGGAAAAGGUGUACGUGGCAAACAACCAGAACAUUGCCCUCACAGCGUUGGUGUCGCUCAUUUCCACCAUGGCCUUGUUCGCCGCCUGUAUGUUGUGCCUGUACAAGCACCGGCGCUGCGUUCCUUCGUGCAGUAGCCACAGCGCGGACAGCGCGAGCAGCGGUGGCGGUGGCACCCGAGCAAUUCGACAUAACGUGUCCACCGGCGUUCACACUGUAGAACUGCAGGGCUCGCUGAGCGACAUGCGUCCAUCGGCACCGCCGAUGGAGGAGAAAGAUCUUCCGCCCAGCUACGAAGCCCUAUUUCCCACCGCAGUUGCCUCAUCCGGAUCCGGUCCGCCGACGGUCUCGGCAGCCACUUCACCCACCAUACCGAAAGCGUUGGAUGAGCGAUAAAACCGUGAAGUGACGCAAGAGGACGCAGGUCGCACAUGUGAACGCAUUUCUCGUUACUGUUGGUGUACAUAAGCUUUAACGUAUGUUCUGAUAUCCACUGUAUCGUGUUGAGGGACAUCGAAGAUUCGAAUAGGACAGGUGGUGUGGAAGCCGCCACACGUUCUCCAACUAGCAACUAAGCAAGAAUCAAAUGUUUCGCGCAAAUGUUUACUGUACAGUUUUUUAUCCGCACGCUGCCGAUAACAAUGGCACUGGCACUCAUCUCGUUUUGUGCAUUUGCCUUUGCCAGAAGCCGCGUUACCAUCAAGGACUUGCGGCGGAGCGAAAUUCUCCCUUGAAUCUCCGACGAACGACGGAAGUGCAAUUGCGCGCGGUAGUGCACCGCAAACGGUUCGAGUUCCAAACGAAGGAAGAGCCGCACUCGAAACACUGGCGGACACUGGCUGCCGCAAAACAUUUAUCUUCCUGUUGAUCUAUUUAUUUUUAGUAUUCUAUCAACGAGAGAACCCUUGCGCGCGGGUUUUCGUGUACAAACCCGCCGGAGAGUUGGCCAACAUCGGUAUUCAAUGCAAAUUAACUUUAAGUCCGACGAAAAUCGGUGGAGUGUUAUUUUAAAAAUAAAACCAUGUUUA